AAAAAAAAAAAAAAAAUCAAAACUUUAGAAGACCAAAGAAAAAAAUCUAAUUUUGUUUUUUGUUUGGUUUCAAUUUCAAUGGUGUCUCGGCUUCGUCUUGUUCUAGAGGCUGUUUUGGGUUCGAGACGACGUAAGAAGAAGAUGGCGAGUACUAGUGGUGGUGGCGGUGGUGGUGGUGGUGGGAAGAAGAAAGGUUUCUCUGUAAGCCCUAAAGAUUAUAAACUUAUGGAAGAAGUUGGAUAUGGUGCUAGUGCUGUUGUUCGUCGUGCUAUUUAUCUCCCGACUAAUGAAGUUGUUGCUAUCAAGUGUUUGGAUCUCGAUCGCUGCAAUAGCAAUCUGGAUGAUAUAAGGAGGGAGGCUCAGACUAUGACUUUAAUAGACCAUCCGAACGUUAUAAAGUCGUUUUGUUCGUUUUCUGUUGAGCAUUAUCUCUGGGUCGUCAUGCCAUUUAUGGCUCAGGGUUCGUGUUUGCACCUUAUGAAGGCAGCGUAUCCAGAUGGCUUUGAAGAAGCGGCUAUAUGUUCUAUGCUGAAAGAAACACUUAAAGCUCUUGAUUAUCUUCAUAGACAAGGGCAUAUCCAUCGAGAUGUUAAGGCUGGAAACAUACUUCUUGAUAACACUGGUGAGAUUAAGCUAGGUGAUUUUGGUGUCUCUGCAUGCUUAUUUGACAAUGGUGAUAGGCAACGUGCAAGAAACACAUUUGUUGGUACUCCGUGCUGGAUGGCACCAGAAGUCUUGCAGCCAGGAAGUGGAUACAAUUCAAAGGCUGAUAUCUGGUCUUUUGGAAUAACUGCGCUGGAGUUGGCUCACGGUCAUGCACCUUUCUCAAAAUAUCCCCCUAUGAAGGUACUCUUAAUGACUAUUCAAAAUGCACCCCCUGGCCUUGAUUAUGACCGUGAUAAGAAGUUUUCAAAGUCCUUUAAAGAAUUGGUAGCAUUGUGUCUAGUGAAAGAUCAAACAAAAAGGCCAACUGCUGAAAAGUUGUUGAAACACUCAUUUUUCAAGAAUGCAAAGCCUCCAGAGAUCUGUGUGAAAAAACUAUUUGCCAAUUUACCACCUCUUUGGACCCGCGUAAAAGCUCUUCAGGCCAAAGAUGCUGCACAGAUAGCUUUGAAAGGAAUGGACCAGGAUGCUAUAUCGCAGAGUGAAUACCAAAGAGGAGUAAGUGCUUGGAACUUCAAUAUCGAAGAUUUGAAAGAACAAGCAUCCUUGCUAGAUGAUGACGACAUUCUAACAGAGAGUAGGGAAGAAGAUGAAUCUUUUGGCGAACAGUUGCAUAAUAAGGUGAAUGACAGAGGGCAAGUAUCUGGUGAUCAACUGCAAUCCGAAAACAUGAAUGAGAAGGAAAAAGUUUCAGAUACUGAGGUGGUAGAACUUAUCCGUGAAGAGAAAUCCACUCUCAAUUCAACUGCUUCUUCUGUGGAACAAGUGGCACCAAGUUCAGAACAAGACGUUCCACAGGCAAAGGGUAAGCCAGUGAGACGGCAGACUCAUAGUGGACCACUUGCAUCCGGUAUCGUGCUAAACAAUUCAGACUCAGAGAAGGGUCAAAGUUAUGAAAGGUCUGAUAGUGAACGGCUGCUGAAAACAUCAGUUCGGAGGGCUCCCAGCUUUAGUGGUCCUUUGAAUCUCCCUAAUCGUGCUUCAGCGAACAGUUUUUCAGCUCCUAUCAAAUCUUCUGGAGGAUUCCGUGAUUCUAUAGAUGACAAGUCGAAGGCUAGUGUGGUUCAAAUCAAAGGAAGAUUUUCAGUAACAUCAGAAAACUUGGAUCUUGCAAGGGGAUCCCCGUUGAGAAAAUCUGCCAGUGUUGGGAAUUGGAUACUUGAUUCCAAAAUGCCAACGGGUCAGCCCAUCAAGGAGUCAAGUACUAAUCAAGCGUCCUCAUUCAUUAUGCCUCAUCUUCAAAAUAUGUUCCACCAAAAUUCCAUACAACAGGAUCUUAUUAUGAAUUUACUGAAUAAUUUACAACAAGCUGCUGAAGCAACAGAUGGUUCUCAAAAUGGAAAGUUGCCGCCUUUGCCUCGAGGAUCUGACAGCAAUGGAACCAUUGUUGAACUUACAGCUUCUGAGAGAGAGAGGUUACUACUUACCAAGAUAACCGAGCUUCGAGCUAGGAUGAAAGAGUUGACAGAAGAACUUGAAGAAGAGAAAGCAAAACAGACCCAACUGCAGCAGAAACUUAAACAAGUCACUGGUCGCGAGCAAUUGUAACCAGAGACCAGAACAGCUUACUACACAGAAGCUUUUAGGAGAAGAGAAAAAGUAUAUUUUGUACACUUGAGAAAACCAGAGAACUCUCUGAUCAUGAAAGCAAAAAAGGACAGGGGUUGGUUCUGUUCUAUAUGUGCAGAAGCAAACAUCAUCGGCCAUUUGUUGUUGACAGAAGAAGCGGGGAAACAAAACAUAUAGAGAAUAAAAUAGAGAAGAAAGCUCUUGGUCAUGGAAGAAAAAUUGUAUUUGUUUAUUUAAUCUCAAAUUUUUAAACCUUAUAGUUUGAGUUAAAGAUUGUUGUUCUUAUUAGCAACUAAUAUAGACUUAAACCUCUUUUUUUUGUGGAUUGUAAAUGAAACUUGAUUUGAGGUA